AUGCGAGACCGGCUCCUCGGGGGAGGAGGCCCAGACCUCCCGCAACUGGGCCUCGGGCUGGCGGGCUUCGCGGCGGCGGUCGCGGCGGCGACGCUGCUCAUCCGGAGCCCGGCGGCGUCCAGGACGGUCAUCACGCCGUCGCCGGGGCGCGACCGGCGCAAGACGGCGCGGUCGCCGCGGUGGACGGUGCUGCCGCGGCUGUCGACACUGGCGCGGGACGAGCUGCCGUACCCGCCGGACGUGUUCCCGGGCGCGCGGGACGUGGACACGCCGUACGGGAACCUGCGGGUGUACGAGUGGGGGCCCGAGGAUGCCGGGGAGAGGGUGCUGCUGCUGCACGGGAUCGGGACGCCGUGUCUGGCGUUGGGGGGCGUGGCGGGGGAGUUUGUGAGACGGGGGUGGAGGGUGAUGACCUUUGAUUUCUUUGGGAGGGGGUACUCUGACGCGCCGACGGAUCUGCCGUACGACUCGCGGCUGUACACGACGCAGAUCCUCCUGGCGCUGGCGUCGUCGCCGCUGCGCGGGUGGACGGGCGACGACGCGUUCCAUCUGCUGGGGUACUCGCUGGGCGGCGCCGUCGCGGCGGCGUUCGCGGCGAGCAGCCCGCACCUCGUGCGCAGCCUGACGCUGGUCGCGCCGGGCGGGUUGAUACGCUCGGCGGCGCACGUGGGCUGGCGCAGCCGGUUCUUGUACAACUCGCCGCUGCUGCCGGAGGGGUUUAGGAGGUGGGUUGUCGGGCGGCGGCUGGCGCCGGCGAAGAGGGCUGGAGGGGGGGAUGUGCCGGAGGCGGAGGCCGUGGACGGCGUGGAGGAGGCCGGGUGGGAUGAGCUGCGGCUCGUGGGCGGGGGACGGAUCGGGGAGGUUGUGGGGUGGCAGCUGGCGGCGCACGAGGGGUUCGUGGGGAGUUAUGUGUCGACUAUACGGGAGGCGCCGGUGUAUGACCGGGCAGACGAGGAGUGGCGGGUGCUGGCGAAGGUGUUGGAGGCGCGGAGGGAGGAGGGGGAUGUGGCCGGGGCGGGGUUGAGGAAGGGGAGGGUGUUGUUUGUGCUUGGGGAGCGGGACGAGAUUGUGGUGCCUGGGGAGACGGUGUGGGAUGCGCGGAGGGUGUUGGGGGAGGACGCGGUGGAGGUGUUGGUGUUGAAGGCGGGGCAUGAGGUUGGGGUGACUAAGGGGGAGGAGAUUGUGGAUGGCGUUUUGGCGGCGUGGGCGAGGGAGUGA